AGGAAAUUAGAAAAUGAAGAAAGCAAGCAAAGUAGCAAACGUUAGAAAGAGAGGAAAUAGAAAGAAGAAAGAGAAGCCAGAGAGGAAAAGAAGGAGAGAACCAAAAUUCGAUUUCCAUUCCCCCAUUCAAUUCAAUUCAAUUGAAGGAGAUGAAAACAAAAACUGUCCAACAAACUCAAUAAAAAUCCCUUCCCCCCCCACUCUCUCUCGCGCUCUCUCCCUCCAUAUAUAUAUAUAUGCGCGAGCGAGUGUUUGUAUUUGGAUGAGAUUCUCAGGAAGUGAGAGGGAGAGAGCGAGGGAGGUGUUUAGAGAGCGAAAUGGAGAGCUAAGCUCAGAGAGAGGGGGUUAGGGUUUGGUAGGGAAGCUUAAGGUUCGUCUGCGACGGGUGGAUCGGCGAGGAGAUCUCGAGUUCUGCAAAGUGUCCUGGACCACAAGUUGUUUAAAUGGUGUUCAGAUAUUCUCUUGAGGACUCAACAAGAAAAAUGGAAGGAGCUGGCUGUGAAUUACCAGUCACAAAUAAUGUGCAGGGUUGUGUUAUGCCACAGCUUCCCAAAUCCUAUGAUGAAGACUUUGGGAUGUCCCAGCGGAAUGGAAAGGAGAUGCAUACUCCUAUGCUAAAGAAAAAGAAACCAAUAAUUAUGGCAAGCUCUGGAGCGAAUCAGAAUGGUCAAGCACCAGACGACAGCUUCCUACCGGGCCUCACUGAUGAUGCGGCAUUAGAUGUGUUGGCCUGGAGCAGUAGAUCAGACUACCCUAAUCUAGCUUGUUUGAAUAAAAAAUUCAAGUCCCUAAUUGGCAGUGGAUACUUGUACAAAUUGAGGCGGCGGCUUCGUGUGAUUGAACACUGGGUUUAUCUAGCCUGUAUACUGAUGCCUUGGGAAGCAUUUGAUCCUUUUGGACAGCGAUGGAUGAGAUUGCCCAGGAUGCCUUGUGAUGAAUGUUUUACUUAUGCAGACAAGGAGUCUCUUGCUGUAGGGACCGAGCUACUUGUAUUUGGCCGUGAGUUGUCAGGAUUUGCAAUUUGGAUGUAUAGCUUGCUUACUCGUGAUUGGGCAAGGUGCCCUCUAAUGAAUUUGCCCCGUUGUUUGUUUGGUUCAAGCAGCCUUGGUGAAGUUGCUAUUGUAGCUGGGGGAAGUGACAAGAAUGGCCGGGUUCUAAAAUCUGCAGAGCUUUACAAUUCUGAACUGGGUGCCUGGCAAACUUUGCCAGAUAUGAAUGUGGCGCGUAAACUGUGCUCAGGCUUCUUUCUGGAUGGGAAAUUUUAUGUCAUUGGCGGCAUGUCGAGCCAUACAGCUCGUUUGACUUGUGGUGAAGAGUAUGACAUGGAGACGGGGACAUGGAGGAGGGUAGAGAACAUGUAUCCUGUUUCUGAUGCGGGUAGAGAGCCAGCUAUGUGUUCUCCUCCUCUUGUUGCUGUUGUAAAUAAUCAGCUUUAUUCUGCUGACCAAGCAACAAAUGAAGUCAAGAAAUAUGACAAGAUCAAUAACUCAUGGGCCAUCGUGAAGAGGUUGCCGGUUCGGGCGGACUCAUCUAAUGGUUGGGGACUGGCAUUUAAGGCUUGCGGGAACAGUUUAUUAGUGAUUGGAGGGCACAGGGGACCUGAAGGUGAAGUUAUUGUGCUGCACGCUUGGGAUCCAAAGGAUGGAAACCAAGACUGGAAUGUGCUUUCUGUCAGGGAGCGUGCUGGUGCUUUUGUGUACAACUGCGCGGUAAUGGGCUGUUAAUCCUGUUUUUUUUUUUUUUUGGUGUUCGUCUUUAUAAUGCAAAUCUUUGAAUUGUUGGAAAACCAAAUAAUUUUCAAUUGGGACAGCAAAGCAUGUUUUUCU